AUGAGCCUUCCAGCAUGCGGCCUGCAGGUGGUGACCGUUGCGGGUGUCGGAUCUCUGGUUUCGGAGGCUUCCGCACGAGAAUCCUUCGACUUCUCCAACUUUCGCGUUGGCGAGGUGCGAGAAUGGCGGCGCUCUUUUUGCCAGUCGAAUUGGGUGAAUGUGGCGUCCGGGGGUGUGUCGUUGGAGAGCAACGAAGUGGCAGCGCUCGCCAUGGUGCCAGCCGCUGACUACGUCAGCCAUGUGGCGCUCCUGGAUGUGGUGCCGUCGGAGCUGCCAGGCUUCUACGAGAGAGAAGCCGGCUACAGAAUCGUGUCGGUGCCUUUUUCUGUGAAGGGCCAAGAUGGCUCCGUCAUCGAAGAGGGACAGGCAUUGAUGUGUGCCGCUUGUGACGACGAUGCCGAAGCCGAGAGGCUGUGGGCCCCCGAUGGUGAGAUGGCUCGACGUUGCGAAGAUCAGAGCUAUGUGCGUGAGUGGAUGAGCCGAGCGCUCAGGCCAAUGUGGCCAGCACCGCAGGCAGACAUGCCGCUCCGCCCAUGUGACUGCGCGGGAACUGCACAGUCAGUUGAAGCGCGCCUAGCUCCGCCGAUCUCGUUGGAGGAGCUGCCCCGAGGACUCGUGCCAGGAUUGCCGCUCUACCCCGCUCCGGGCUACUUACGGGAUUGUGCGCAGGCACACGAGGCAGCAGGGCUUUUGCAGCACUUCUUGGACUCGACUUGCUUGUCGGACCGCAGGACAACCUUGACUGACUACCUGGCAGCGAAUCCUGGCUUGGAUGAAUACAUCCGCGCGCGGGUGCCUUCCUCGUGA